AUGCAGGCCAUCACUGCUGUCAAGCGAGCAUUUAUCAAGGACGAUACACCUCACCAGGUCUAUUUCACCGAAAAACCUCAAGAUGUGCAGCCACGAUCGUCCAUCGACGCUGAGGCCGAGGCAGUGGGAAUUGCCAAAAUCGAAGCGAUCGAGAGCAUUUGGAGUCGCAAAGGACGAUAUCUCGUCUAUGCUGGACUGGCCAUGAUUAUGAUCAUUUACGAACUCGAUAAUUCUACCGUGGGAACCUAUCGCAACUAUGCCACUUCUGCCUUUAAUCAACUCUCCAUGCUGGCCACUCUCAACACGGCGGCCAGUAUCAUCACCGGGGUCUGCAAACCUCCUAUCGCCAAAAUGUCCGAUGUCGUAGGACGCGCAGAGACCUACAUUUUCACCAUCUCCUGUUUCAUCCUCUCCUACAUUCUGUGCGCAUCAUCGAAAGAUUUUAAUACAUAUGCCGGUGGCUAUGUCUUUUACUCCAUCGGCCAAGGUGGCACUUCCAUGCUUAACUCUGUCAUCGUCUCUGAUUUCUCUUCCAUGCGAUGGAGAGGCUUCAGCUACAACCUCCUCUAUCUCCCCUUCCUUAUCAUCCCCUGGGUGUCUGCCUUUAUCAUCGACAGCGUGGUCAACGGCAUUGGCUGGCGUUGGGGAAUCGGCAUGUUUGCUAUUCUCAUGCCUUUCUGUGCCAGCUUCAUCAUCAUCACUCUUCUCAUUUUUCAACACCGCGCCAAACGUUCGGGUGUUGUUCUCACAGAACGACUCAAUUUAUAUACCUUCUUCUCUCGCAUCGACUUGGGCGGUGUCAUUCUCCUCAGCGGCGGGUUCGCUCUCCUUCUCAUCCCUAUUACCAUUGCUGCUACAACUACAAGUCGCUGGAGAACCCCGUGGGUCGAUGUCUUGAUUGCCCUCGGUGCUAUCUGUCUAUUAUGUCUCUAUCCUUAUGAAAAAUACUUCGCCAAAUACCCCGUCGUCCCGGCACGAUACUUCCGAACCCUGUCCGUGGUCAUCCCAGUGUCCCUAAGCUGCAUUGACAAUAUCAGCUUCGGCGCCACCCACACCUAUCUAUACGCCUGGAGCAUUGUAUCCCACAACUUCUCUCCCCGCGAUGCUCAAUUCCUCACCUACACCAAUGGCGUCGCGCAAUGUCUCGUCGGAAUGCUCUCCGGUCUGCUGAUGUACCGCUUCCGCUCGUACAAAUGGAUCGGAGUGGUGGGUGCCAUUGUCCGACUAGUCGGGUAUGGAGUCAUGGUUCGCCUGCGGAGUAACGACAGUUCCACUGCGGAGCUGUUCAUCGUGCAGCUGGUGCAGGGCGUGGGCAGUGGUGUCAUCGAGACGGUGAAUAUUGUCGCUGCGCAGAUUGUCGUCCCACAUGAUGAAUUGGCGCAGGUUACUUCCCUAGUCAUGCUGGGUGCACUGCUAGGGAAUGGAAUUGGAUCUGCGAUUGCUGGGGGCAUCUAUACGGAAGAGCUUCGGAAUCGGCUGCGUUUUCGGAUGGGUUCUGGAGUGAGUGAGAAGGAGGUGAAUACGGUUUAUGAUUCGAUUACAGGGGGAUUGCCUGCUUGGGGGACGGCUGAACGGACAGCUGUAAAUCAGGCAUACUCGGAUGUUAUGGGGUAUAUUACGAUUGCCGCCCUGGCUAUUUCUGUUCCAAUUGUUAUACUGGCCUUGUUCAUGCCAGACAACAAACUUGGGUAUGUUCAUUCUGAUGGAGGAUGUACACUGCUGACUCUUGUAGGGACCGCCAUAAUCUCGAAGAGGAAUGUUCUAUGUCCUCGGAAUCCUUCGAGGACUCGGAACUGGAUGAGACGAAAUGAUGUUAUGAUCUUGAUUAUCUAUUAG